GAUGUAGUACUAUGCAGAUCUCCAGUGGAUCCUAGAACAUUGGUAAUGAAACGAGUCACUUUGAUUGAAGGUGAUGUGUUGGAUAAAACUUCAACUUCACCUUUUCUAGCUAAGGUGCCCACAGGUCAUGUAUGGUUAGAGGGGGAUAAUACAGAGCAGUCUAAAGACUCUAAUGACUAUGGUCCUGUACCAUAUGGGCUUCUCCAAGGAAAAGUCUUGUUGAAGGUAUUUCCUAUAAACAGGUUUGGACUACUAAAAGACAAAUGCCUGGAUUGAACAGCCGUGUCCUUGCCCCUGUGUAUGGAACUCUCACAAGAGGAGCUGUGCAAUCACUUUGGUUUGGAUGUGUCAGAAAAAGGAACCAAAGACAUAGCACUGUGCUGUGGUCUCAGUUUGGAAUUCUCGAAACAAGGACUGCCAUCACUUCAUUUGUCUGCCAACCAUCAAAAGAAAUAUUGUACUUGGCACCUUAACUGUGAUAUUCCAAUGAAAAGGAUUUGAAAAGGCAAGGUUAUUGAGUCCUUCAGUAACCUUUUGGAUUUAGGGAUUUUCUUCAGGCCCUGCACAAUUGGCUAUUACUGGACUAGCUUGGUGCUACCUGUGUACACAUGUUGAGUCAGAUGUUAUAUUUGGUAGUGUGAGUCCAUCUUUGAUUAAGCCUUUGACUUUUGUAUUAAUAUUUUCAGUACUUGUUUAAAUCAGAUUCUUAAAACCACUAUUGUGUCAGUGACAUUCUCAGCUUUGUUAUUUUAAUUUUUUUUCAGCAGCCUCAAAUGAUCUCUCUGAUUCAAUCACCAUCUUUGCCAGUGUCAAUUUGGUCUUGGAACUCGUUCUUUUGUCUCUUUCUUGAUUCAAAAUGUAUGUCUAUCAAACUCAGUUUUCCAAUGAUCACGGUUUUCAGAUUCCAUCAAUUAUACCUACUCAUCUUGGUUCAUUCAAGUGUAUAAAAUGUAUGUUGUUUUUAACUCUGUGAUGUACAGACCAGUAAAUGAAAUUGCAAUGUUGUGUAUACCACUGACUUCAAGUCUGUUUACGCUCGACAUCAUUAAAAGCACUGGAAUACAAUGAUGAAGGUUGUAAUUUAGAGAAAUGAACAAAAUUGGUUUAGAAAAUAAUUGUUUUGUUAAGGUGGCAAUGAUUUCUAAAGGGGAUACAAGUAAGAGUGCAUUCCCAUAGAUUUAGAUCGAUCCAUCUAGAUCGACCUAACUCCCUGGGGGGGUUCAUGCUAAA